AUGUCAGAUCCACUCUCUAUCAUUGGAAGCGUAGUUGGAAUCGCAUCCCUCGGCAUCACUGUUGCUCAGGGAUUGAUUGACUACUACCAGGCGUUUCAAGGACAGGCAGGCGAUUCUGCCCACACUACCAAGAAGCUUUCACGCCUGCUCGAACUACUCGAGAGCUUGCGUCAACAAAUCGAGCGGCGUCAGUUCCACGAAGAAGACAAGGUGCUUUUGUCAAGCAUGAGGUCUUCCAUGGAAGACUGUAAGGAACUCAUUGGUGAGCUUCAAGAGCAGCUUGAGAAGCUCCAACCAGCGCCAGGCCAAGUCAGUUUGCAGAGCCUUCGCAAAGUCAGCCGCCGUCUUGCGUAUCCCUUUCGUCAAAGCACACUCCAUAAGCUAGAUGAGGAUGUUGACGAAUUCAUCGGCUGUUUAUCAUUGACGAUGGAAAUAAUGCAACAAAGCGACAUCAGCAGAUUGCAGGAUGAGAUUGACGAGACCAAAGCGCUGCUUGACCUAGUCAGAACCACACAGAUAUCGUCAGGUGUCCGAGAUUGGCUCAAUGCCCCAGAUGCCGCUAUCAACUUCAAUGAGGCGGCAAAGAAAAGGCAUCCUGGAACGGGUCUGUGGUUCGUCGAAAGCGUGGAUUUUUCAUUAUGGCUCAGAAAGCCUCGUUCUUUCCUCUGGCUUGUCGGUUUUGCAGGUUGCGGUAAAUCUGUCCUGUGCUCUACGGCUAUCCAACACGCGUUCAGACACCGCCGGGCGAGCCAAACCAUUGGCAUAGCUUUCUUCUUCUUUACGUUCAAUGACGAGAGAAAACAAGACGCCUCCGCCAUGCUGCGCGCCCUCAUACUGCAACUAUCAGGCCAGCUGGAGGACAGACAACCCUUCUUAUCCCAACUGCACGACAAAUAUCGAAAUGCUUCUCCCCCAGAUCACGCGCUCACAAACUGCCUGCUCCAGCUUGUACGCGCAUUUAAAGACGCAUACAUUAUCCUGGACGCGUUGGAUGAAAGCCCCAAAGGAAAACACAGAGAGACUCUGUUAGAAGUCCUGACUGAACUGCGCGGAUGGGCUGAGCCUGGUCUGCAUGUCAUGGUCACGAGUCGGGACGAGGUCGACAUUCGUGACGAGUUAUGCGCAGAGGCCGACGAGAUGAUCAGGAUGAAAAAUGAAUACAUUGAUUCAGACAUUGCGUCUUUCAUCUCUCAGCAUCUCCUCAACAGUCGACGGCUUCGGAAAUGGGAGGAUCAUCGUACACGGAUCGAGGAUGAACUCACGAAGCGAGCCCAAGGCGUGUAA